UGAGCCAAACGGCAUCAGAAGCCAAAUAUGUCGCCGUCUUCUGGCCUGUCGCCCCCUCAAGUCCCGAUGGAGCUUCAUGCCAACAAUCGAGAAAAGCUCCUGAGGUCACUUCGCCAACGCCUCGCUGAGUCUUCCCGUCGUCUUCAUGGCUUCGUCCUUCUUCAGGGUGGCGAAGAGCAAACACGUUACGAUACGGACCACAUCGAACUCUUCAGGCAGGAGAGUUACUUUGCCUACUUGUUUGGAGUGAAGGAGCCUGGGUUUUAUGGAGCUAUUGACAUUUCAACUGGAAAAUCAAUACUGUUUGCUCCUAGGUUGCCCGCAGAAUAUGCUGUUUGGUUGGGAAAGAUAAAGCCACUAACUUAUUUGAAGGAAAAUUACAUGGUCAGUAUCGUAUACUUUGUAGAUGAAAUUGCAAGAGUUUUGCAAGACCAUUACCAGAGUUCAGGGAAGCCUCUGCUGUUUCUCUUGCAUGGGCUUAACACAGAUAGCAAUAAAUUUUCUAAACCUGCAGAAUUUGAGGGCUUGGAUGAGUUUGAAAUAGAUCUGGAAACCUUGCAUCCUAUAUUGACUGAAUGCCGUGUUAUCAAGUCAGAGUUGGAGAUUGCUCUAAUUCAGUAUGCCAAUGAUAUAAGCUCUGAAGCUCAUGUUGAGGUUAUGAGAAAUACUAAAGUGGGCAUGAAGGAAUAUCAGCUGGAAAGCAUGUUUCUUCACCAUUCCUACAUGUAUGGUGGGUGUAGACAUUGCUCCUACACAUGUAUUUGUGCUACUGGUGACAAUAGUGCUGUUCUUCAUUAUGGGCAUGCAGCAGCUCCUAAUGACCGGACUUUGGAAGAUGGAGACAUGGCACUUCUUGAUAUGGGAGCUGAAUAUCACUUUUAUGGGUCUGACAUAACAUGUUCGUUCCCUGUAAAUGGGAAGUUUUCAAGUGAUCAAUCCCUUAUAUAUAAUGCUGUCCUUGAUGCCCAUAAUGAUGUCAUAGCUGCAAUGAAACCUGGAGUAAGCUGGGUUGACAUGCACAAAUUAGCAGAAAAAGUUAUUCUGGAGUCACUGAAGAGAGGAGGAAUCCUUAUUGGUGAUGUUGAUGAUAUGAUGACCAAACGCUUGGGUGCUGUUUUUAUGCCACAUGGCUUGGGACAUUUCCUUGGUAUCGACACACACGAUCCUGGAGGCUACUUGAAGGGGAUGCAAAGACAAAAGGAACCUGGAUUAAAGUCCUUGCGUACAUGCCGAGAGCUCGAGGAAAGAAUGGUUAUCACGGUGGAGCCUGGAUGCUACUUCAUUGAUGCUUUGUUGCUUCCAGCCAUGAAUAGUUCGGAAACUUCAAAAUUCUUCAACCAGGGAGUGAUUAAAAGGUUUCAAGGUUUUGGUGGUGUUCGAAUCGAGAGCGAUAUGCUUGUUACUGCCGAUGGUUGCAAGAAUAUGACCAAUUGUCCACGAGAAAUACAUGAAAUUGAGGCAGUGAUGUCCGGAGCACCAUGGCCACUAAAGAACACAUCUACGAAUGUAGGCAAUAGCUUAAACAUUAAAGAGCUAAUCUGAUCAGCUUCAUUGAUGUGAACAGGCUCCCUCCCAUCUCUUACUAGUUUUUUGAUAGAUACAGAACAAAUCUUGUGUGUUCUUUUCAUAUAAUGUAAUUUCUGAAUGGAUGUUGGAAAAAAAUUAGAAUAAAAUUACUCCAAUCUUAUGUUUA